UUAUUUAUUUUAACAUUAUCUUGUUGUGCAGCGUGUCACAAAAAACCGACGUGUCAAUCGUUGAAAUUUGACUUGUAUUGAUCAAAACUCAACAAAAAAACAAAGUUCAAGAUGAUCACAGACGUCCAAUUAGCUAUUUUUUCCAACAUACUCGGUGUUACACUAUUUUUCCUUGUUUUUCUAUACCACUAUAUCAAAGCUAAUUACUCAAAAUAAUUUAAAAUAAAUAUAAAACAAGGAAAUGAUUUCAUUGUGGCAAUUAUUGUACAUCAAUUAAAAAUCAACUUGGAUUCAUCAUAAUGUUAAUUUAUAAUCAUAAAAUGAGAUUUAAAGACAUGUAAAGUAAUUAAUUCAUUUUCAUUUAUUUUAUUAAUAAAAUAAUCAAAUUUUA